CCAAUUGUGUCUUUCUACCUUGGAGUGGGUGCCUAUCAUUUUGGUAUCAGAGCUUGUUGUUGAACAUCUCUUGAGGCCAUGCAACACACUUCCAACUCUUUUCCUUUCUUCUUUCAUUUCUCGGCCUAAACUGCUGCCAUAACCCUCUCCUUUCACUCUCUUCAAUAUGUCAAACAUUUCACCAAGCAUCACCAAUGAAGAGCUCUGGGUUUCUAAUACUGAGCUCAAAGCCCAAGUAGAGUACUUGGCAAAACAGGUUGCUCAACUCACUAAGUUAAAAAUGAACUUGGUGAACACUCCGGAAGAAAGUGAUGAAGAAAAGGAAGAAGUUCAACUAGAAGCUGAUUUUAGUCACACUACUAGAGGAACUGCACCAGAAAAGGGAGCUACUGAUUUUAAGGUUGACAUACCAACCUUUGAAGGAAAGAAUGAUCCGGACGACUUUCUAGAGUGGCUGGAAACAGUUGAGCGUGUCUUUGAUUUCAAAGAUGUGCCCGAAGAUAAGAAAGUCAAGAUUGUGGCGUUGAAGUUUCGAAAGUAUGCGUCCACUUGGUGGUCCAAUCUUUCCACCAAAAGAAGGCAUGAAAACAAGGCUCCGGUGAAAACUUGGUUCAAAAUGCGGAGCUUGCUGAAGAAGAAGUUCUUGCCCGAACAAUACGUACGAGACAACUUUGCUAAGCUUCAACACUUAAGGCAAGGUACCCGGUCUGUUGAGGACUAUACUCGGGAAUUUGAAGAGCUCUUGAUGAGAUGUGAUCUUCAAGAAAAUGAUUCUCAAACGUUAGUCCGAUAUCUAUUUGGACUUAACACCCAAAUAGCUAAUAUAGUGGAGUUGCAACCCUAUGACACCUUUGAAGAACUCUCCAAAUUGGCUCUUAAAGUUGAGUCUCAACUUAAGAGGAACAAAGCCCCCUUG